AUGGCGUCCCAAAAGGAUGUGCAAGACCUGCUGCGCCUGCUUACGACAGCUCCAGGCCGUAACAAGCUUCCUAUGAUGGCAGCAAUGGGACGCGUGAAGGCUCUCCAAGACGUAGACCUGCGAAGUAUAUCAGACAUAACACAUGCUACCCUCCCUACCAUAACAAGCGCCAUCUCCGAUGAAAAGGCGGCCAAAUAUCUCCUUGGAGCCUGUAAAGCGCACUUGAAAUCACCCUCCACCAGCACGGCCAGCACUUCCAAACGACCGACCGAUUCCGAUUCAAGCCUCCCGCCCUUUGCCAAACGUACCAAGUCCGCGUAUUCCCUGAUGGACGCGCCGCAAACUCCCCAAGAGCUUGAAGCCUCUCUAGCCCUCCCCCAGCCCUCCGCAGACGAAGAUGCCAUUUCCAAGACCACAAUAUACACGAACCGAGCACCCCUAGUGCUAGCGUUUGCGCUGCAGUUGUUGAAAUAUACGAUGCCAGAGCAGCCGCUGAGUAGCAAACUUAGUCUGGCACAGGCUAUUGUGAGCGUUAAUUCGAGGAGCAAGGCGGCGAGUUUGGGGUUGGAGCGGGGGAAGAGUGCGGAGGAGCUGGGUUGGGGGAUGGGGCAGCCUAAGGUUAAAAUUAUGGGAAGGGAGAUUAGUGUUUUGAAGAGGAGUGGAUAUCAAUGGAGGGAGGAUUCAUUUGCUGAAUCGGGUGCUGAACUCGAAGCUUCGAGCUCGACGAGGGAAGGGAAGGAGAAGGCUGGUGGGAAUAAGAACGAGGAUGUUGAAGGCCAAGGAACGAUCAGUGACCCUUCAAAAUCCGAUUCAAAACCGUCAAGAUCAGGAAGUGAAGGCCAGAGUGGAUGGACAAUCUCCGCGCCAAUAACAUCCAAAAAUUCCAAAUUCGUCGCCCGUUCAAUCACCGUGACCUCUGCACCACAAGCUAGCACUAUGCUCCAAACGCUCCUUUCUAAUAACCCUUCACUCGAGUCGGCAUCUCACAAUAUAACCGCCUACCGUAUAUCCUCCGCUUCCAGCGGCAGCAUAAUCGAACAAUCCAACGAUGACGGCGAAACAGGUGGCGGCCGCCACCUCCUCUCUGUCCUCCGCUCAUCUAAUUUAACGAAUGUGCUACUGGUCGUUUCCCGCUGGUACGGCGGUGUCUUCCUCGGUCCAGAUAGGUGGCGAAUAAUGUCCGAAGUAUCUCGGGAUGCCCUAUCCCAGCGUCUGCGUGUCACCGGUGUCAUUGGCCACGAGGCUUUAUGGGGAUUAGAUCUCGAGGGGAUGAAGAGUACGGACUCAGCUGUUAUUGGUGAUAAUCUCCCUAUUUAUAAACCUGACGGCGCGCGGUCAUAUAUUUUGAAAGCGUUUGCGUCCCCAGCUGACGAGGAAGGCAAGAAGAAGAAAAAGUCUGGAGUGGCACUGGAAAGGGAGAAGGAAGGAAAUUUGGGAUUGUUGCUCGGUGCACUGGAUUUGCUGUUUAAGAGCUGGGUUGAGUAUAUUGGGAAGGAGGAGUUGGAUAGACGGGCUUGGGGUUGGUAUGUCCAUGUUAGACCAGACGUGGAGAGUGGUGUUGCGGGAUGGGGUGGGAAAGGAGUGGUAAAGCUAGAUGACAUUUUAAAGUUAAGGAGGAUAGGUUGA